AUGCCCGGUAGCCGGCGCAGGGGGCUCUGUCUCAGGCCCGCCGCCGCCCUGAGGAGGCGCAGCGGCGGCGAGGAGCAGCUCAGCCGGCGGCGGGCGGAGGAGGAGGAGGAAGAGGCGGCGGAGGGCGGCGCGGGCCGAGGCCUGCCCGCGGCGGAGGCGGCGUGCGCGCCCCGCGCUGCAGAGUCAUGUUUACAUAAAACUCCAAAGAGGUCCUUGAGUAGGAAAUCCCGAAUACCUACUUUCAGCUCUCCUGUUAAUGACACUGAUACACAGCAAGAAAUCUUUUGGGAUUCUCAUUCACCAGUUGCACACAGACUAGGCAGUGGAAAAACCAAACAGUCCACCAGUGGGUGUGCAGUAGAAAUUUCGGAAAUUGUUAAUCGUAUUGCUCCUCAGGAUGAAAAAUCAGCCUGUAGUGAAGGCUCCAUUUUAGGAACAUGGAUUGGUGAGGAUGCUAUUCCCUAUACACCUGGAGUAGUGAAAGUGCGAUCUAGGACAAAGUUAAGUUGUACAAGGGAUCUUAAGAUAACAAUUCCCGAAGAGGAACUCAUGAAAUUGGCUAAGGAAUUUGAUAGAAACCUAGUAGAGCUAGAUGCUGUUCAGGAGCAGGAGAAGCUUGGUCAUAACUUCAUCCAGAGCACCUCAGAGCCUUUGAAUAAUUCUAAAGAUGAAGUAAAGAUGAAGAAUGAGAUACCACUCCUUGGUGAAGGUUCUGAAACAGAUACUGCUCUGUCCCUGAAACCAGUUGGACAGAGCACUGGCAUUCCUGCUGCAGGGCCCUGUCGGUCCAGCAGUCAAAAGUCUGUAGACCUUGAGUCUGAAAUAGCCCUUCAUGCUCUUUUUGACUGUUCUACCCAGAAGUGUAGUGGGCAGCUGAGCCAAGGACUGUCAGAUAUUUCUUUAAAUAACAGUUUUCAUAAAAACAAAAGUACCUUGGAGGAGGAGCAGCUUCCUGAGGAAACUGAAGACAUGCAAUGUGGUAAUUCAGAGGCACAAGAAAAAGGUGCAGUGGGGAGCGUGAACCAGACGGUACCAAAACCUGAUACUACAAAAAAAAAUCCUCCUUCUUUGAAGACACAAUUGGUGGCCUCCACUAAGCUGGCUGGAGUAGUUAAUGAUGACUUUGAUGAUUGGGAUACAGAUUUUUUGGCAGAUGACUCUUUUAUGAUGCAAAUAACCCAAAAUCCUGAAUUGAUAAGUACUGAAGAACCACCACCAAUUCCUGCAAAUCCACCUGGCUAUGGUUUCAGUGAUGCUAGCAGAACAAAGCAAAGAAGUAGUGGCAAUUUGGUAACUUGUUUGGGGAGUGUAAACAAAUCUAACAGUUUGCAGUAUUCACCUUUGAAACAUUCUAGUAAAAACAUACAAAAUGUUGUAAAAUCUCUGUCUUUACAAAAGCCAUGUAAGACAGAAAACUCAGAGACCACAGCCUUGCAUGGCAAAUGUGAUGUUAAGCCAGAUAAAAUAAAUUCCAUUUGGAAAAGUGCUCGAAACAGUGAUUUGAACUGUAUUUCUGUUCCAGUGCAAUCUGAAGUGAAGAAUGGAAAUGAAACUACUCAGCCUAAAAGUGACCCUCUUUUUCCUUCAAGAUCUAAUCCUCAUAGACAACGGACAGAAAAACCUGGAAAUACCACCCAUGCUAUUUCCUGUCAAUCACCCAGUGUUUCUACCAGUAUGAAACCUAAUGAUCUAACUAAAGUGUUUGAAAUACCAAAGAAAUGUCCUGUGCCAUUUCACGAAUGGAAUGAACCAAAAUUCUCUGAUGAGGUAUUAGAUAUGUUUUGUGGAUCCGAUAGCCUUUGGGAUGCUAACUUUGAGGAUGAUGAAUUGUUGUAUCAGGUGUGUGAUGAUAUAGAAAAGCAGACUCAGAGCCAAGAUGCUAAACAAGGAAAUGAAAGAACUAAAACUAUACAAGGAGCAAGUAGUAAUUCCAGAUCAAAUGCUGAUAAGAGCUUCCUAGCCUCUAAACAAGGACAUUGCCUCUUGGCACAAAAGACAAAUGCAAAACAGGAGGCUCUCUCUCUGAGUGAUUCCUGUAGGAAUUCAUCAAAGGUUAUACAUGGGUUGGCCACAACAGGUCAUGCAGUGAACUGUAAGAGCACCUCAAGUCCUCGAACUGUGAUCUCAGAUGUUUCUACAGAGGGCAAAUACACACUGACAAAAAACUGUCAUCAGGAUGCUUCUGAAGAUACUACAAAGACUGUUUUGGGGAAAUGGUACAGGUCAAAUUCUGUGCCAGCAGGAGACGCUGCUUCUGAAGUAAGUCCUGUUGAUGCAGUAAACAUUUUUAGCAACAAAACAUUAGACAGCCCAGGUCUCUUGUAUAAUACAGGAAAGAUACCAAGUAGCGCUUCUAGUAACAAAACAUCACUCGUACCUUCAAAGUUUAAGUUCCGAAAGAUUAACAAUUCUAAGGGUGGUCUUCAUGUAGGGUGUGAAAAUUCAGGGAAUCAUUCUGGCAUUGGAAUUACUCUGCAGGGUUUGGAAGGAACCAAGAAUCAGGUGAACAUGACUUUGCACAGCAAGCUUGACAAUAAGAAAUCACCUUUCAAGAGGCACUUUUCAGAGUCUUUUGCACAGCCUUCAUCAGUGUCUGUGGUGGAACAGAAAAAUAGAAAAUGCUCUCAAGAAGAGAUUGAAAGAAAAAAACAAGAAGCUCUUGCACGAAGAAAAUCCAGAACACAGGCAUUCUUUAAAGAUGCUUGAAUUUGGAGUUUAUUUUUUUCUGUGGAGUAAGUUUGUGGGAGGGAAAUACUGUAAUGCUGGAAGACACUUUUAAAACUCCAUUCACAUCUAUUGAUGGCAAGUUUUUUUCUGUUUCUCAAUGUAAAAAAAUCUGGACCUGAACCAUAACUAAUACUCUGGUGGUAUUAGGCUUAAUUAAAAACUAUAAGUUGUGAAUGUGUAGUCCCAAACUACCUUCAGCAAGAUUAUGUUGAGUUCAUGUACUGUUACAUAUUGAAAUUGCAUAGUCUGAAAAUCAUGAGAGCAUUGGUGUACACAUAUAAUGAAGGUGUCAAAAACAGACUGUAUUUUGGCUGUGUUAUUGCAAGUAUUCUAAUCUUUAAGAAGACCCCCAAGUACACACAGACUAGGAAAUAAAAAAUGAAGUUUGCUCUCAGGUAGAAGACAAUUUUUAAGUUUUGGUUGAAAUAAAGUACAGUCUAGGAAACAUCCAACAAUUGGAAAACUAAUGGAAAUGAACAGGCUUUGGAAAGCUCAGUUUAUCUCUGUUACCUGAGGUAAGAAAUGUACACAGAGAAGGAAAAAUUUAAUAUAAAAGUUUCAUAAGGUGAAAAAGCAUCCUGCAAAGGACAUGUUGUAUUUUUUUAAGUUCCUUUCAUGAAGAGUUGGAAAUACCCUGGCAAAAUUGGAACACCCUUUUCUAAACACGCAUCACCAAGCUAAUUAAAAAGGGUAGCCUGUGUCAUUUUACCAAACCAUGAGCAAUAUAUAAUAAAUCAGGUGAGAUCUCAACAACUAUGCAUCGGUUUAGCCUUAUGGGUUGUACAUCUUUUCAGACUAAAGGCUGUUGAAACAUAAAAAUGCAAUGUCAUGUCAGCUUAACAGGGGCUGAUAGAAUUUUUGAUGUGAUAGAUGGGUGUAGAGAUCAAACUGCAAAAACUGCCUCUGGGUAAGCUGCAAGAUAUUUUUCAACUGAGAAAUGCUUAUAUGUAAACAUGUGACACUAUGAAAAGUGACUGUAAUUUUUCUUUGUAAAUAAAUGACUAUAAAAUGUACCAAAGGUUGGAGGAAGCUUUUGGUUUCUGUAGCAUGUGCCAUUUUUGUAACUCUUGAAAAUGUAAGUAUUGUAUAUUUGUAAGUCAUCAUUAAACUUUUUUUUUUU